CGCAGUCUGACUUUUUCACUUAUUACGAUUCUACAAUCCCAAGCAGGCCAGUCACCGGCAGAUUGUUUGACACUCUUCCUCGUAUCUCUCAUGCACUUGGAUGACUCACUGUCUGGUUCUGUCGCACGCAUAUGCAAUGACGUAGCGUCACUUGUUUGAAAUCGCGCUUCAUCUGGGUAACGGAUGCACCGAGGCUAAGCACUUUAAAACAGGCAGUUAUCACAUCUGCAAAGGGACCUUCUGAACGAGAACGACUUGAUGGUGGUCAAUAACGUACGUCCAAGCCUUGCAAUCAUGUCCGAAGUCUCGGUACUUAUCAUCGGCUGUGGUGUCGCUGGGCCGGUGCUUGCGAACUUUUUAAAACGCAGAGGAUACAACCCCAUUGUCUUUGAAAAGGUUUCAAAACUGGGAGAUGCAGGGGCGUCACUGAUGUUGAUGCCAAAUGGACUCAAAGUUCUCAACAAAGUCGGUGUAGCAGAGAAAGUUGAAAAAGGAUCCCAGCCUCUCGAGGCAUUUCAAGACCUCACCUCAGAUGGUGGUCUUCUAGGAUCCUCAGACUUACCACAGAGUUUCCGAUCAAAAUACGGAGAACCUGCAAUGGGUGUCAAGCGGACCGAGCUGAAUUUGAUGCUCAAAACCAUGCUCACUGAUCUGGAUGUUGAUGUGAGGGAGGGCUGGGAGCUAGAGGAUAUCGAAGAAGGGGAAGAUUCAGUGACUGCUCAUUUCAAAGGACAUGGAUCUGUUACGGGCUCAUUCCUCAUCGGAUGCGAUGGGAUCAAAGCUGCUUCCAGACGUAUCCUUCUUAGGAAGAGAGGCCUCAGCGAAGGGCUGCCAGACUUUACCGGAUUAACACAGACUGCUGGAUUGUCACCAACACCACAGGCGCUGAAAACUCGGCACAGCAUGAGGAAUUGGUUUGGUGAAGGAGUCCAUAUGAUUGCAUACCCAGUCUCUCCUGACGUGACGUCCUGGGCAUUGACUUUACCUGAAGGCGAAGGAAAUGAAGCUGCCUGGGGCUUGUGCUCUGCGCAAGAAAUCGCCGCGCGAAGGGAAAAACUCCUCGACAAGAUCAGUUCGUGGAAAGACAAGUCGCCGGCGGAAUUGGUUCAAAAGCCAUCUCGUAUUAUCAAAUUUGGUAUUUUUGAUCGAACAGAAAUGAGUCCAAAUCAGUGGUAUUCGAGGAGAUGCGUUCUGGUGGGAGAUGCGGCACAUCCAACCUCCCCCCAUCUUGGACAAGGGGCUAACCAGGCACUUGAGGAUUGCUUUCAUCUCAGCCAUGCCUUGCCAUCCUUGAAUCUAGAGAGCGAGAAUUAUGAGGAGAGUUUGCAAAAAAUCGGGCCGGGUUUGGUGAACAUCUUCCAGGCUUUCGCAGAGAAGAGACAACCAAGGACGUCGGCAUUGGUGAAAGGUGCACGUACUCAAGGUCAGACACGGGUCGUAACGACUGGAACCGACGAUUGUAGACUGCGGAAUGAAAAGGUUGCCGCAGGUUGGAAGGACGUUGAGGCAAUAUCAGCAAAGUACGAUGCACUUUGCCGGGAGCCAUUCCAGGGAACUCCUACAUAGGUGUUAUGAUCAAACGGGUAACAUUGGUAAUUGUGAGUAUUUCUCUCAUAAGCAUUGUCUCGACACGGC